AUGAUCACUCAAAUGUCACUCUGCAAAUUAUUUCCUUUGGUUGUUGUGGGGGUAGUAGUGUUUGCAGUGAGUGGGAUCACCGGAGACCCUCUGUUUGACUGUCUCCAAGACACAGAUUACAGUGAGCUUCUGAAUAUAGUGGAUAAAGGUCUUCCUGCCACAAAGACGCCUCAACAUGUGGCAAUUAUUGGAGGUGGCAUCGCUGGACUAACCGCAGCCAAGUUUUUGGAAGAUGUCGGACACAAGGUAACCAUAAUAGAAGCCAGCCACCGCAUCGGAGGUCGUAUAGAGACCUUCAGGAACACAAGAGAAGGCUGGUAUGCAGAGGUGGGCGCCAUGCGAAUCCCCAGCUUUCACAAGAUUCUGCUGUCCUUUGCCUCCCAAUUACAAAUUCCCUUGAACCCCUUUAUCCAAGAAGACUUGAACACAUACUAUCUGGUGAACGGAAUACUACAGAAAACCUAUCUGGUGAAAAACAACCCGAGCGUGCUGAACUACACGUUGAAUGAAAGAGAAAGGGGGAAGUCAGCAGCCCAACUCUUCAGUGAGACUCUGGACAAGGUGAAGGAUGACUUUCAGAAAAGCAGCUGCACUGCUGUAUUGGACAAAUAUGAUUCCUACUCUGUCAUACAAUACUUGGUAAAGGAGGGCAAUCUAAGUCGUGGCGCCUUGCGAAUGAUUGGAGAUAUCCUGAAUGAGGACAGCCUAUACUACACAUCCAUGGUUGAGAUGUUCUACAUGCAGAUGGACAUCAAUGACAACACAAAGUACUUUGAAGUGACAGGUGGCUUUGACAAGAUCACCACGGCUUUCUACAGGAUGUUAAACGCCACCACUCUACUCAACUCCAAAGUCAAACUCAUCAACCAAACGGGAGGCAAGAAUGUGACAAUCACAUACCAGGACCGCCAUAAUCCAGGAUCCCUGACCAACCUGACGGUGGACUACGCCAUGGUUACAGCCACAGCCAAGGCGACACUUUUCAUGGACUUUCAGCCUCCUCUUUCCAAGGACAAGAUGGAAGCCCUACGCUCGGUUCACUACACCAGCAGCACCAAAGUGAUACUCAGCUUCAGGAAACGCUUUUGGGAGGAAGAAGGCAUCAGGGGAGGCAAGAGCAUAACAGACAGAACCUCUCGCUUUAUUUAUUACCCCAGCCACAGUUUCUCUGGAACAGAUGCAGGUGCCCUACUGGCCUCUUACACCUGCUCUGAUGACUCCACCCUCUUCCAAGGUAUGAGCGAGGACGAUCUGAUGGCUGUCGUACUGGACGACUUGGUGAAGAUCCACGGAGAGGACAUCAGGCCUCUAUUCACAGGAGGACUGGUCAAAAAGUGGGGAUUAGAUCCCUACAGCUUUGGAGCCUUUGCCCUGUUCACGCCUUACCAGCGCAUCUAUGUAAGUCAACUGUUUGAAAGUGAGGGACGUGUGCACUUUGCAGGAGAACACACUGCCUUACCUCAUGGCUGGAUAGAAACAUCAAUGAAAUCUGCUCUGAGAGCCGCAAAAAAUAUCAAUGACCUCACCAUUUAA